UAGUUGCGGUUUGUACAUUUAACAAUUUUUGUUUUCCUAUUUGCUCUCUUUCUUUCUCUCUCUCUCUCUCUCUCGUUGAAAUCUGAAAUUCCCAAUCUGAAAAAUCUAGGGUUUCUUAUCCAUUGCUCUAAAAGCCUGGGUGUUUUGCAAGCUCUUCGAACCUUGAAUUUUUAGUUAAUUGCCAAGCCAUGCCUACAGGGAGGCUUAUCGUGAUAUGCCACUCGGGUGGGAAGUUCACCUCAGCUAGUGAUGGUUCCUUGUCAUACGGUGGCGGAGAGGCUCAUGCUAUUAGCAUAAACCGUGAAGAUAAAUUUCAAGAAUUGAAGUCAGAGGUGGCAGAGAUGUGUAAUUGUGAUCCUGCUUUAUUGACCAUCAAAUACUUCCUCCCUGAUAAUAGACAGACUCUCAUCACUAUAUCUAGUGACAAAGACAUACAACGCAUGCUUGAUUUUCAUGAAGACUCCAAAAGUUUAGAUGUUUUUGUCAUAAAAAAUGAUGACUUGCAAGUGUUUCAAAGCCAGGUCUCAGCUCUGCCUUGUAGUAGGUCCAGUGGUAAUAUGAUAGAUGAGCCUGUAACUCCUAUCAAUGUUGCCCCUGUUGCUUCUGUUCCUUUGGAUAUGGAGCAUCCCAAUUCUUUGAGCACUGAUGUAGUGGAUCCUGGGCAGCAGAAACUUCUUAUAUCAUGGUCAAAAAGCAUAACUGGUCUGCACCAGCAGUUUAAUAAUGUUAAGGAAUUGCGUGAGGCCUUGCGUAGGUAUUGCAUUGCUCUUGGAUUCAAAUGCAAAUUUAAGCACAAUGACAAUGCUCGUGUAAGCGCCAGGUGUAAAGCGGAAGGUUGCCCCUGGAGGAUGCAUGCGUCGAGGUUGUCUACCACACAGUUGUUCCGAAUUAAGACAAUGAAUGAAACACAUACAUGUGGAGCCGGAACAAGUAGAGUGAAUCGUCCUAAUGCAUCAAGGAAAAUGGUGGCCACUAUUGCCAAGGAAAAGUUGCGCGAUUCGCCAAAUUUCACACCCAAGGAAAUUGCCAAACAAAUUCAGCAGGAAUUUGGAAUUGAAUUAAGAUAUUCACAGGCAUGGCGUGGGAUGGAGACUGCCAGGCAGGAGCUUCAGGGUUCAUACAAAGAGGCGUACAAUCAACUACCUUGGUUACGUGAUAAAAUAAUUGAGACAAAUCCUGGCAGUGUUGUCACUCUUGCCACAAGGGAGGAUCAAACUUUCCAUGGAUUCUUUGUUGCCUUGCAUGCCUCAAUAUAUGGUUUUCAGAAUGGAUGCCGCCCCUUACUUUUACUUGAUACAAUGACACUAAAAACUAAAUAUCAGUCAGAAUUGCUGACAGCAACAGCCUUGGAUGGAAAUGAUGGCAUUUUCCCAGUGGCCUUUGCUGUAGUAGAUGCUGUGAAUGGUGAUAAUUGGCAUUGGUUUUUGGUACAACUGAAAUCUGCAAUUUCAACUUUCCAACCAAUCACAUUUGUGGCAGACAAACAGAUGGGGUUAAGACAUUCUAUUUCCAUGGUAUUUGAGGAUGCUUACCAUAGUUUUUGUCUUGAUCAUCUGUCAGAAGAGUUAAAGAUGGGCCUUAAGGGCCCACAUACUGAAGAAGUUGCCCGUGUUAUCAUUGCUCACCUUUAUGACGCUGCUCUUGCAACAACAUUUGAAGGAUUUAAGAAGGGCAUGGAUAGCAUUAAAAGCAUCUCACCUGAAGCUUUUGACUGGCUUAUGCAAAGUGAACCGGAACAUUGGGCAAACUCACUUUUUGAAGGUUCACGCUAUAACCAAGUCACAUCAGGCACUGGUCAAUCAUUCUAUAGUUGGCUCAAUGAGCACUCAGUAUUACCACCAGUUACACAGAUUAUUGAUAUCAUUCGCCAAAGGAUGAUGGAGUUGAUUUACACCCGAAAGGUGGAUUCAGAUAAGUGGUUGACAAGAUUAACUCCAUCCUCAGAGGAGAAAUUGCAAAAAGAGAUUCUAAAAGCAGAGUCACUUAAAGUUUCACUGUCACCUGGCACCUCUUUCGAGGUACAUGAUUGUCUGGGGGAUGUUAAUGGAGUUAAUAUUGAUGCCUGGAGCUGUAGUUGCAGGGCAUGGCAGCUUAAUGGUUUCCCGUGUUAUCAUGGUGUGGUUGUCCUUCAACAUUGUAAUAGAAACUUGUAUGAUUAUUGCUCCAGAUAUUAUGCAACUGAAUCAUAUCGAUUGGCAUAUUCAGAGCCUAUAAAUCCGGUUCCAACAACAGAUAAGCCUCUGCAAACCUCUCCAGUCCAGGUACAUCCUCCUCCUCUUCGUCGUCUAUCUGGCCCACCUAAGCAGAGGCGAAUCCGAUCAAAAGGAGUGAUUAAAAGACCAUUACAUUGCAGCAAGUGCAAAGGACCAGGUCAUAACAGAGCGACAUGCCAUGUGUACUCAUAAAUGCGUCAUAUUUUGUUAAUUAUGAAGUAGUUGUACAGGACCUUGGGUAGAUCAGUUUGUGGCAGAGAUAUUGGCUGCUAAGGAUGGCAUAGAUGGAAAGCUAAGUUCUAAAGAAGAAUUUUCCUUGGUUGUUUGAAAAUCAUCUACUCCUAGUAAUUAGUAUUAAUAUGCGUGAUCCUCCUUUAUUUCCAUAGUUUUCCUUGGUCCCCAAUCAGAGUAUUCUUAGCAAUUAUAGCUAAAAAAACUUUGUGGGCCUUCACUUUGCUUCAGCAGUCCUUUAGUUUUCUGAGUUAUUGAUUAUAUGUUUCCUUUCUCCUAUUCUGCUCCUCCCCUUAACUUGUAUGGUAAAUAUGCAUCUUGACUGCUAGAAGAAAUUUCUGGUUCCUCCACAGCAGUUUAUUUUUAGAUUUUUAGAAGAGUGUUUAGGUACACGAGGAAUGCGUCAUGCUGGGGACUAGAAUCGUUUGCUAAGCAUAUUAACUAUUUCCCUACUUCAGUUAACCGUAACUGUUGAGCCUUCUUUCGGUUUAAGUUAGCAGUCACAUUUAAGUAGGAUAUGAAUCUCAUCAUAGUUUUGUGGCUUCUAGUACAAGUGCCUACACUGGUAGGUGUAAACUUGUAUCACGCAAGCGCAGGACAUCUAUCAGAGGGUUGGGCUGUCUGUUAAAGAACAGUUUGCUGCGGCAGCAUUAUUCACAAUGAUUCCUGGGAGCUGAAUUUUGUUUUCUUUUGAUUCUUUUGGGCAUUUCUAGUUAUAUGUCGCGAUUUAUGAUUACAGAUUACUGCCUAUUGCAAGUUGAAUAUGGGAAUCGUGUGUAGUAAUUAUUCGCAGUUUAUUUUCCCCCGGGGUUUUGUUUAGUGGUUCAUUUUGACCAUUGCUUGAUUGUUGAGGACAGCCGGCAAUUUUUUAGCUGCUUUGAUGGCGUCCACUUGCAUUAGGGCUAAUACAUUGUUAUAUCCCAUGAGAUAUUGGAUUGCCGGAUGAUACCCUGUCCAAUACAUUCAUAUCAAAUUUUGUAAUAUUGCCCUAUGGUUUCAAAAAAAAAAAAAAAAACUCCACAUUAUAUGGUCGAUGCAUUAUUCAGAGACAUUGUAUCUAAACAUUUUAAUUACUUUGCUAAUGAGGCAUCCAAUACCAUCAUAAUUGAACUUUCAAGUACAAAGAAAAGAAGACUGCAGUACAUAGAAUCACCUUAAGAAACUUAAAGAAUUUGCUUAAUCUGAUUAGUACUGAAAGCAGGUGUACUGCGUAGUACAUGGUCAGUCCAAGUAUAAUCUGAUAGUACAUCUCUGUACUAUAACAAUAACCCUUGUGCUUUUAUGAUGUAUAAAAUCCCACAGGCAGCAUAUCCCCGAAGACCAUCAGGAAAGCCCUUAUUUGUUUUGGCUCAGUUGGUUGUUCUAUAGUUUGCCAACCGAGAAGGCAGUUUUUUUAUUGCAGGUACUAGCAUGGCAUCAUCAGUGGGAAGGUGUAAGGUAAAUAGAUUUUGAUUUGGGAUGUUGGGGAAGAAGGUACAGAAACAGACAGACAAAGACUGGGAACAGGCAGUGCAUGGAUGGGGCUACUAACAGAAAACAUCUGUUUUGGCUCUACCCCUGCACUGCCUCUUCCCUGGCUUCCGGUUCUUCUUUUUGUGAGCCUUCAUUUAUUUUAUUUUAUUGAGUUCUGAAAAUUUAUUUUUAACAAAGCAAAAGCAGAUUUGUUUAUUUUUAACUUUUGAUUUCGCAUUCUAACUAUACUAUGGUUGGAAUUGUCUGCACACGAUGCCUGAAAAACAAAUGAUCUUAGGAGGAAUUGGUAUCCUUAUUUUUGUCUAUAUCUUCUCUUUUUGCCAUCUUCCUUUGCUUGUAGGAAGCAGAUAAACAUGACCUGAUUUUUGUAAUGAAGCAAACAAUAAUUUAGUAGAGGAAAAUUAUGUUGAUAUGAUUGCAUAUUGAGAUUGAGUCAGUGCCACAUACUUCGUAGAUAGUGACGGAUUUCUACAUUGCAACUUUUAAUAAAUGUUCCUACUUUCGUCCUUAAUUUAUAUCGGGAUUGAGUUUGAAUGAUAUCCAUGCUAACUAACCAGUAUCUAUGAAUUAUGAAUGAUGAUUUCAUAAAUUCUGAUAGAUGAUGCAGGUUCCACUUUUUGUUCUGUUCUGGGAUCUUCACAUAUUGCUAUGAUCGAUCCAUGUGUAUUGGCCAAGGGAAUUUCUGCUUUGAUUUGCUAUGUUACAACAAAUUCUUCGAGGAGCAAACUUCCUUCCUCCCCAUGGAUUAAGGUGCCAAAAGGACCAGAAUUUUUGCUCCAGUUUAAUUUCAAUCCAUUGGAUCUUGAAAAAGGACCUCUCAAUAAUAAUUCUAUAAAAAGACUGUAAAAUGUUACUUGACAUAACAUAUAAAUAGAUGCAUCGCAAGUUUUGUUUUUCAAUACAAUUUCUUGUAAAAAGUGCCCCAUGAUUAAUCUCAUAAUGUACCUACUUCUACUCUUCAAUGUAGAUUUUCUUGGUUGCGAAAAGGGAUUAAUUUGCUCAGUAUGGUUUCUUUGUUUCUAUGAGCCACAAGUUCUUGUAUGGCUGCUUCUGUGGUAACAAUUUUUUGUAAUCAUUGUGAUUUUGUUUUAUAAGUUAUAAAUACUUCUUUGAGUUUA